CCUGAUAUAUGGGCCUUUCCUUGUAAAAGCUUUACACUCAGGAAUUCAAGGGGUGACUUGGAUGCUUUCUGUCUUCAUAUUCUAAUCAUAUCUGGCCUUAGAAUUUUCAUUUAUCAGCUAUGGACUUCUUGCGUUAACAUGCUUUUCCUCACCGGAAACCGUCGGAUUCUACAACAGGGAGUUGAUUUCAAGCAGAUUGACAAAGAAGGGACUGGUAGGCCCUUUCUUUUCUUCUUUUUAAUUUCUUCUCACGAUUUGGAUAAUUUCAUAAUUCUUCAAGCUCUGAUGGCUUCGGUUGCAUAUUAUGUCUUCCCAUUCCUUUCCCUUCUUCCCCUCUGGGACCCAAGAAGCUUUAUUGCUGCAACUCUCCUCCACGUGGUAGUUUCAGAGCCCCUGUACUAUUGGGUGCACAGGUGUUUCCACGGGGAUUAUCUCUUCACCCAUUACCACUCCCUCCACCAUUCGUCACCAGUACCCCAGCCCCUAACUGCUGGAAGUGCAACAUUUUUGGAGCACCUUAUUUUAACGGCUGUGAUUGGGUUGCCUGUGCUUGGGAGCUGUACGAUUGGAUAUGGAUCUAUAAGCAUGAUCUAUGGCUAUGUUCUGGUUUUUGAUUUCUUGAGGUGUUUAGGGCAUUCCAACGUAGAGAUUGUUCCUCGUCAGUUGUUUGAGAAGCUUCCCUUCCUCAAAUACCUUUUAUAUACCCCAACAUACCACAGCCUACACCACGAAGAUAUGUGCACUAAUUAUUGCCUCUUCAUGCCCCUAUUCGACGCAUUGGGCGACACCCUCAACACAAAAUCAUGGGAACCACAUAAGAGGACAAGUUCAAAUGCAGAAUUA